AACAAUUACAACAACAAACACAACAACAAGAGCAAGGAAAACAAGAGCAACCGUUGUAUUAGCUAUAAAAAUGAUUUCCAAAGUUGGCUCACUAGAGGAAAAAGUGAAACUCCCGCCGACUGAGACUAUAAGUCGUUGCUACCAACCGCCACAGGGUAACCGUAAGGUCAUUCGCAUUCUCACUGUUGCAGUUUAUGUGCUCUGCGUUUCGUUGGCGGCAAUAAUGCUUUCCUUGUAUUAUAUUUUUAUAUGGGACCCUACAGUACGACCGUUUGUGACAAAGGCCAAUAAUUGUGAGAAAAUAGUAAUACCCGAAAAAAUAGCAAUACGACUACUUAAUUCCUCAGAAGUAACCGCUGAACAAUUUUACAGGCACAUCCUGGAACAAUAUCGUAUUUUAAAUCAAUUGCAACAGCAACGACAAAUCUUUUUACAAAAGCAACAUUUACAACUACAACAAUUGGCCGCUGGUAACAAAUUUCAAGAAGUCUUUGCUACUGCUACAAUUAUACAACCCAACUCUCAUGACUUAAAUAAGAAACCAAUAACACCAACAAAUGGCACAUUCCUUUUAGAACCUCCACGUCUACCUCCAAUACCUGGUAUGGAUACAAUACAUGUGCCGAUUUUAGAUACUACUCCAAUGAGAUACAGGCGUAAACAACACAGGAAACACUACAGUCAUCACAACAGACACAGCGGUAGCACCAACAUCAACAACCAACGCCGAUCACAUAAAAGACCCUCCACAGAUAUUAAUAAGCCCAUAAAUGAACCACCGCUAAGUCCAUCAACUUCUAUUGUUAAGGAAAUUGCACCCUAUACAGCAAUGCCGAUUCCUCUGAUUUUAAACUCACAAGAGGAUAAGCGGCCACUUUACACGCAAUCUGAGAAGAAAUCAAACAGUUUAGCAAUGUCACACAAACGUAUCACAUCAUCUGGCUAUGAUACACAACCUUAUUUGAAUCCAUUUUUAACAGGAGAACUUAUUUUUGAAAAGUAAUUUAAGUGCUAAACAAUACUAAGCAAUUUUUUGUUUUUAAAAGCAGCUUACAUCUUUUACGUAGAUGAAGUAGUUUCAGAAUAUAGAAGAGAACAGCUAUGAGAUGAGCAAGACAAUGAAUUUAUUGAAAAGCAGGCAGAAGUAUAAAGCCUUACUUAUUGCUGGCAAACUCUGACAUUUUGCUGUUUAGUAAACUGAGAUUUGAUCUCCAGAAUUAUACGGAAUUGAGAAAAUAUAUACCUUUUUUGUAAUCAAAGCCGACCUUAGAAACAUGAACUUUAUGGAUCAUAUCAUAAGACACAUAUUUGAAUUAGAAAUUAUAUAUGUAUGUACUUUUAGAUAUAUUAAUAGGUUCUCAGCGACCUACAAAUCGUAUUCAGUUUCGCAAUAUACAGUUUAAAACAAAAACGAGAUAAUAAUGUAGAAUAAAAAUGUUAGUAAUUUGAGAAAUAUAUAUUAAAUGUUAAAUGAGAUCUAUAUCCAUACCUAUUAUCCACACACUCUCACUAAUAUAUGUAUUUACGAAAAGAAUAUAUCACAAGCGCAUUACAAAAAAUCGCAUUAUAAUAUGAGCAAUAAUUUAUAUAUCAGUUCAUAAGAAAGAAAUGUAUAAAAAAAAUAAUAACAAUAAAUCAUAAAGGAGAUUAUAUAAGAAAAAAAUAUCGCAUAUUUCGAAUAAUUCAC